AACCCCUUAUGGCGGGAAGUUUAACUGCUUUCAACUGGAACAAACCGGCCUGAUCCUUUUUUUUUAACCGUCGAAAAGGGACAAAAACACAAAAUCACCACCCGCAAAAUCUUCUUGUCAUAAUUUCCUUUUGUUUUGUUUUGUUUUGUUUUUCUUUUUUUUUUUGCUGUUUCUUUCUUCUAUGGCUGUCCUUUCGUUAUCUUCUAUUUUUUUAUGGUUUAUUGCAAGAAUGUCAGUGAAGCUUUAUAGCUCGAUCUCCAUUAAUCUUUUCCAUGUCAAGAACAAGCUUGGAAUAUCUUUGAAGAAAUGGCUUCUUCUUUACAAAAUUUGCUUAAAGAAGAAGGGUUUGAGAGAGGGAAGGAAAUCAGUCUUAGAAACCCAAGUAGUGCAAAGCCAGAUGAGUCGGUAGCGCUGCCUAUAUACAUCUGCCAUGCCCGAAAAAGCUUGGGGAAACCCGAGCACGACGCUGAGGAGACUAUUACUCGAAAUGGAUCCUCAGUGUUUUCAUCUAGAAGGGUGUCGAAUUCGGAUAGACCGAAACCCAAAUCAUCGACAAACGACGGUACGCCAAGGAGAGAUGAGCCUGCAAUCGAUGACGUUGCCAUUAGAGCAGUGAUAUCCAUACUUGGUGGAUUCACUGGUAAGUACAUUAAAGAUGAGAGUUUUCGCGGAAUGAUCAAAGGAAAAUGCAGCUCCUGCUUAACGAGGAGAAAAACCGGUUCCGAUGAUGGGGUUUUUGAGAAUAUGAAACUUGGUAUUGAGAGCAUUGACAGCUUAGUACAAAAUCCGGGGAACAAAAAGGAACUUAGAAUGAAAACUUUGAGGAAUUCGAUUGAGCUUUUGAGCAUUGUUGCUUCCUUGAAUUCUAAGAAAACAAGGAAUGGUUCAACUUGCGGAGUUCCCAAUUCUCAUCUCUCGGCAUGUGCUCAGCUGUACUUAUCUAUACUUUACAAGCUCGAGAGGAAUCAUAGGAUUUCGGCUAGGCAUUUGCUUCAAGUUUUUUGUGAUUCGGCUUUCCUAGCGAGAACCCACUUGCUUCCUGAUCUAUGGGAGCAUCUUUUCCUUCCCCAUCUUCUUCACCUUAAGGUUUGGUACCACAAAGAGCUUGAACUUCUCUCCAACUUGGAUUAUGGUGAGAAAGAGAAGAGAAUGAAAGUUUUGUGCAAGCUCUACAAUGAUCAAAUGGAUAUGGGGACAGCUAAGUUCGCCAUGUACUAUAAAGAGUGGCUUAAAAUUGGGGCUAAAGCCCCUGCUGUUCCCACAGUGCCUUUGCCAUCGAGUCCCAGUUUUAGAUCAUCAAGAAGGCGAUCAUCUGAUUCUUUUGCUUCGCGUUCUUCAAUCAACAGAAACUUGUAUCGAACUGUGUUUGGCACAACUGAGUUGCAAUCCAUUGAGCUUGACCAUCGAAUCAGAGCAUCAAUGGACAUAUGUCACCUCCAGGCAGAAGAAAACGAAUUCACCGAUGAAGAAAACUACAAUGGUUGCAAUUAUGUUCAUAACAUGACAAAGACACGUAGAAGUUCAUCAAGCCAGAUUUAUCGAACUCCGAGAACUGACUUAUUACCGGAAACACGUAAAUCAGACCAUUUUAGGCUGUUUACCUGCCAGAGUGGGCCAACAGAAUGCUUGGUAAACGGAAAAAAUGUUGUCAGACAUAGUUCAAUGAGAAGGAAGGACAAUGUUCAUCUUCCUUUGAGUGAUCUAAGUAGAUCCAUUGCUACUAUUUGCUCCUCGGACAAUCUAACUGAGUGUGAAAUUGCAGUCCGGUUAUUGACCAAAGCAUGGUUGGAAUCACAUGGUGGUCCUGCCAUUGAAGCUGCAAUAGCAAAGGCACCCGUUAUCGAGGGAAUCCUCGAGGUAUUGUUUGCUUCCAGUGAUGAUGAAAUUCUAGAACUAGCAAUAUCGAUUUUAGCAGAAUUUGUAGCCAGGAGUGAGGUGAAUAGGCAGAUAAUACUUAACUCAGAUCCUCAUCUUGAGAUCUUCUUAAGACUGUUAAGAAAUAGUAGUCUAUUUUUAAAAGCAGCUGUGCUGCUUUACUUGAUAAAGCCAAAGGCCAAACAAAUGAUAUCAACGGACUGGGUUCCGCUAGUUCUUCGAGUUUUAGAGUUCGGUGAGCAGUUGCAGACUCUAUUUACAGUAAGGUGUAGUCCUCAAGUAGCAGCAUUUUACGUCCUAGACCAACUAUUAACUGGUUUUAAUGAAGAUAGGAACUUAGAGAAUGCAAGUCAAGUAGUUUCUCUUGGAGGAUUGAACCUUCUGAUAAGAAAUGUUGAGAUGGGAGGUGUUCUUGAAAGGAACAAUGCUGCCAUGAUCAUAUCCUGCUGCAUUCGAGCCGAUGGGAGUUGUCGGAACUACGUAGCUGAUAAAAUAAACAAGGCAUCUCUACUUGAACUUAUUGUUGGGAAUCAUAAGGAUUCUAAUGGAUCUGUUAUUGCCUUACUAACUGAGCUACUCUGCCUAAACAGAAGAACACAGAUUACCAAAUUCUUGAACGAUCUACUCAAUGGAUGGGGUGGCUUGAAUACCAUGCACAUCUUAAUGGUAUACCUGCAGAAAGCUCAACCUGAAGAACGCCCCCUGGUUGCAGCCAUAUUAUUGCAGCUUGACCUUCUGGGAGAUCCUUUGAGGUACAGUGUUUACAGAGAAGAAGCAGUUGAGGCCAUUGUAGAAGCUUUAGAUUGUGAAAAGUGUAAUGACAGGAUUCAAGAACAAGCCGCCAGAGCUCUUAUGAUGUUGGGAGGCUGUUUUUCUUACGUGGGAGAGGCAACAACAGAAAACUGGCUUUUGGAACAAGCAGGCUUUCAUGAAACCUUGGGGGACUCGUUCCAUGGAAAGGAAAUAGUUGACGAAAUCUUGCAUGAAGAGAAGGAAGCAAUAAAAAAUUGGCAGAGAAAAGCAGCAAUCGCUUUGCUAAACAGUGGCAACAAGAAAUUCUUGGCCGCUCUUUCAAAUUCCAUGGCCAAUGGCAUUCCUAGUUUAGCACGAGCUAGCCUCUUAACUGUUGCCUGGAUGAGCAGCUUUCUCCAUUCAGUUCGAGAUAAAGAUUUCCAGUCCAUGGCAUGUUCAGUACUCGUGCCUCGGUUACUUGAAUCCUCAAAUUACAGUAGAGCUAUUGAGGAAACGGUGCUUGCUUCUAUCUCAUUGCAGCAGCUCAUAAAAGGUUCAGUCUUUUAAUCUUUGCUAGAAUAUGCCUCUAUUAUUGCCUCGUUGGAUGCGACAUAGAUAAAUCCUCUUGGCAAUCAUUGUCCACAUGGAUAGCUUAUGAGCUUAUUCGACCAUCACCAAGCACUGCGAGGCAUCAGUGGCCCUAGCUGGAAGCCUGGAAGAUCUGGCCAUGCCAGUUAAAGAAAUGCAGGAACUCAUUUGAAGUCUUGAUUGUAAAGGGUGACUAUCAGAGGGUCUGAUUAACCACCCUGACCUUAGAGAGGAUGAUUAAAUUGUAGUUCUUUCAAUUUCCUUUCCAUCUUUUGAGAGUGUCUCUGUAAAUGAUGUAACAUACAGCACAUUUAACAUAUAGCGAUUUAGAGAGAUGUGAAAUGUCUAAUCUACAAA